AUGGUACAGGCACUGGAUAUAUUAGCUUCAUUAUUUGCAGUGGCAACUGUAGCUGCUCAAAGUUCAAAUCAGGUACAAUCGUAUAACCUUAUCGAAUUCGGUAACGUAGGGUUCACCGGUUCAUAUACUAACGUAAAGAAGAUUUCGGAUGCAGAAGAGGAUAGUUGUUCCUGUACUGUAGGAGAUCGAGUCUGGUUUAGUGGCGACAACGCUCCAUUGAAUGAAGCACUGUCUGUCCACUUGAGAGGUCCGCUAUCUCUGUCGAAAUUUGCGUUUUAUACGUCGCCAUCAUUUGAUAUCAAUGAUUCGAGUUCUACCUCGUGGUCCAGAGAAGCAUACUAUGAUUCAACAAGCCAGACAGCCGAAAAUGUGACGUUUUUAACCGGUGCUGGUGAUUCUUCGCCAUGUCUAGGUAAAGCUUUGACUUUUGCAAGUGAGAACGGUACCGGUAAGGCUGAUGACUCCACCAUCUUGGAAUCCAACAACUUGUUAGCAUCUGAUGAAGAAGUCAUUAUUUUCUCGAACGUUUCGUGUCCUAAAUCUGGGUAUGAUAAGGGCUGUGGUGUGUACAGAUCUGGGAUUCCAGCAUAUUAUGGUUUCGAAGGUGAUACCAAGAUGUUCUUGUUCGAAUUCACCAUGCCUACAGCUACAGAAAAGAACAGUUCUUCUAUUGACUACUACGACAUGCCAGCUAUCUGGCUUUUGAACGAUCACAUCCCUAGAACCGCACAGUACCCAUCAUCAUCAAGCAGUAAUUGUUCAUGCUGGGCUAGUGGAUGUGGUGAAUUCGAUAUCUUCGAGGUCAUGAACGGUACCGAGAAAAACCAUCUAUAUUCCACUUUCCAUACUUUCCAAGGUAUCGAAGACUUGGGAACUGGUAUUCAAGCAGGUGGUUAUAUCGCAAGAGACACAUCUGCUACAAUGAAAGGUGGUGUGCUAUUUGAUUCCAGCGGUAAUACCGUUGUGUUCAUGUCCAAUGAUACCGUAUUCGAUAGCUCCAUCGACUACGACACAAUUAAUACCUUGAUCUCUAAUAUCGACGACGAUGAAACGUACAGUACUGAAUUGGCUACAAUCUCUGCUACUGCACCAACAUCAACCUCAAAGUCAGGGGCUGCCAUUAUGAUAAAACCUUCGGCAGGAACAAUCCGUUAUCUUCUACUAUCGGCACUAAUGUCCGUUUUCAAUCUAAUGGUAUAA